GCUUAGGCUUGGAGACCCCAGCCAUCAUCAUUGAGCCCAGCAGCUGGAGCGGCAGCGAGAGCCCUGCCGAAGACAUUGAAAGAAUGAGUGAUUCUGCAGAUAAACCUAUUGACAAUGAUGCAGAAGGUGUCUGGAGCCCUGACAUUGAACAGAGCUUUCAGGAGGCUCUAGCUAUCUAUCCACCAUGUGGGAGGAGGAAAAUAAUCUUAUCAGAUGAAGGCAAAAUGUAUGGUAGGAAUGAAUUGAUAGCCAGAUACAUCAAACUUAGAACGGGAAAGACACGGACCAGGAAACAGGUGUCUAGUCACAUACAGGUCUUAGCAAGAAAGAAAGUUCGAGAAAUUCAAGCCGCCAUUAAGGUGUCUAGUCACAUUCAGGUUCUUGCCAGAAGGAAAUCUCGUGAUUUUCAUUCCAAGCUGAAGGAUCAGACUGCAAAGGACAAAGCACUCCAACACAUGGCAGCAAUGUCAUCAGCUCAGAUAGUAUCAGCUACUGCUAUUCACAACAAGUUGGGCCUGCCAGGAAUUCCCCGUCCUACAUUUCCUGGUGCACCUGGGUUUUGGCCAGGAAUGAUACAAACAGGGCAGCCUGGAUCCUCGCAAGAUGUAAAGCCAUUCGUUCAGCAGGCCUAUCCUAUACAGCCAUCAGUCACAGCUCCUAUAUCAGGAUUUGAGCCUGCUUCAGCUCCAGCUCCUUCAGUUCCCGCUUGGCAGGGCCGAUCAAUUGGUACAACCAAGCUCAGACUGGUGGAAUUCUCAGCUUUUCUUGAACAGCAGAGAGACCCAGAAUCAUACAACAAACACCUCUUCGUGCACAUUGGACAUGCCAACCAUUCUUACAGCGACCCAUUGCUUGAAUCGGUGGACAUUCGUCAAAUUUAUGACAAAUUCCCUGAAAAGAAGGGAGGUUUAAAGGAACUGUUUGGAAAAGGGCCUCAAAAUGCCUUCUUCCUAGUAAAAUUCUGGGCUGACUUAAAUUGCAACAUUCAGGAUGACACAGGAGCAUUUUAUGGAGUAACCAGCCAGUACGAGAGCUCAGAAAAUAUGACAAUCACCUGUUCCACCAAAGUCUGUUCAUUUGGGAAGCAAGUAGUAGAAAAAGUAGAGACGGAAUAUGCAAGGUUUGAGAAUGGCCGAUUCGUGUACAGAAUAAAUCGCUCUCCGAUGUGUGAAUAUAUGAUCAACUUCAUACACAAGCUCAAGCAUUUACCAGAGAAAUAUAUGAUGAACAGUGUGUUGGAAAAUUUUACAAUUUUAUUGGUUGUAACAAACAGGGAUACGCAAGAAACCCUACUCUGCAUGGCUUGUGUAUUUGAAGUUUCGAACAGUGAACACGGAGCACAACAUCACAUCUACAGGCUUGUAAAGGACUGAAUGGUUAUUUAUAUAUACACUUCAUUACACUUCUUUAUC